AUGGACAGCACGGCCGCCGCCUUCGCCCUGGACCCGCCGGCGCCCGGCCCGGGGCCCCCGCCCGCACCCGGCGACUGCGCCCAGGCCCGCAAGAACUUCUCGGUGAGCCACCUUCUGGACCUGGAGGAGGUGGCGGCGGCCGGGCGCAGGGCUGCAGGGCCGGUGGCGGGGCCCGAGGCGCGGGAGGGAGCGGCGCGCGAGCCGUCCGGGGGCAGCAGCGGCAGCGAGGCGGCGCCGCAGGACGGUGACUGUCCCAGCCCGGGCCGUGGCCAUGCCACCAAACGAAAGAAGAAGCAGCGACGGAACCGAACCACAUUCAACAGCAGCCAGCUCCAGGCACUGGAGAGAGUGUUCGAGCGCACACACUACCCCGACGCCUUUGUGCGUGAGGAGCUGGCCCGGCGGGUCAACCUCAGCGAGGCACGUGUCCAGGUCUGGUUCCAGAACCGCCGUGCCAAGUUUCGCCGGAAUGAACGUGCCAUGCUGGCUACCCGCUCCGCCUCGCUGCUCAAGUCCUAUGGCCAGGAGGCUGCCAUUGAGCAGCCCGUGGCUCCCCGACCUACCACGCUGAGCCCAGAUUAUCUGUCUUGGCCGGCAUCAUCCCCCUACAGCUCUGUGCCUCCCUACAGCCCCGGAGGUUCAAGUCCUGCGACCCCCGGGGUCAACAUGGCCAACAGCAUUGCCAGCCUGCGCCUCAAGGCCAAAGAGUUCAGCCUCCACCACAGCCAGGUGCCCACAGUGAACUGACAGUGUGCGCUGGGCCCAGCCUCCUCCUGACCCAAUGACAGACAGCAGCAAUGGAAGUGCCCAGAGGGACUGGGCAGCCUCUCCUGUGCCUUCUUUUCAUCCCAGCUUCCUGAGUUCCGGAGGCCUGCUGGGUACUGGAAGUGCCUGUGGUGGCUGAGAUUGUGGCCUGAGGUCCCUGGAGUGGCCUGGCCAGAAGGUGGAACAGGAGUCCGCCAAGGAACUCACUUAUGUAUUAAAACCAAAAAGCUUUUGUCUUUAAGGAAUAAAACCAUUUUUCUUAAGCUCCUCGA